CACCACCAUUUCUCUCUCUCUCUCUCUCUCUCUAACCUUCUCAUUUCACACACUCUCUCAUUUUCUCUCCCAAAUUUUCCUUCUCUUCAUUUUCCUCUCUUCCAAGAUUCCCCUCUCUCUCUCGUUUUCCCUCUUUCGUUCAUUCUCCAAUCUUGCGCGAUUCAAUCAAUGGCGGUUCCUCCAUCGGUCGCCGCCACUCCGGCGUCUCUUUACGUCGGCGACCUCCACCCUGACAUCUCCGACGCCCAGCUCCACGACGCUUUCGCGGAAUUCAAGAACCUCGCCUCCGUUCGCGUUUGCAGAGACUCCUCCACCGGCAGGUCACUCUGUUAUGGCUAUGUCAAUUUCCUUUCUCCUCAAGACGCAAUGCAAGCAAUUGAGGUGAAGAAUCAUUCAAUGCUGAAUGGAAAAGUGAUAAGGGUCUUGUGGUCGCGUCGUGAUCCUGAUGUUAGGAAAAGUUGCAUUGGGAACGUUUUUGUGAAGAACUUGGCAGAAUCUGUGGAUAGUUCUGGACUGGAAGAAAUCUUCAAGAAAUAUGGGAAUAUUUUGUCCAGCAAAGUUGUCAUGGCUGAUGAUGGGAAGAGCAAAGGAUAUGGGUUUGUUCAAUUUGAAUCAGAGGAGUCUGCAAAUGCUGCCAUUGAGAAGCUCAAUGGCUCUACUAUCAAUGAUAAGCAGAUAUAUGUUGGGAGGUUUGUGAAAAAAAGUGAGCGCAUUUUGCCUGGCCCUGAUGCCAGUUAUACUAAUUUGUACAUGAAGAAUUUGGACCUAGAUAUUACAGAAGCACUUCUGAAGGAAAAGUUUUCCUCUUUUGGGAAAAUCGUUAGCUUGGCUAUUUCAAAGGAUGAGAAUGGGAUGUCAAAGGGCUUUGGCUUUGUGAACUAUGAAAACCCAGAUGAUGCUAAAAGGGCCCUGGAAGCGAUGAACGGAUCACAACUAGGUUCAAAGAUUCUGUAUGUAGCCAGGGCACAGAAGAAGGCUGAGCGUGAGCGGAUCUUGAACCAUCAAUUUGAGGAGAAAAGAAAGGAACAAAUCUUGAAAUACAAGGGAUCAAACAUUUAUGUGAAGAACAUUGAUGACAAUGUAAGCGAUGAAGAACUGAGGGACCAUUUUAGUGCAUGUGGCUCUAUAACUUCUGCAAAAGUUAUGAAAGACGAGAAAGGGAUAAGCAAAGGGUUUGGUUUUGUCUGUUUCUCUACUCCUGAGGAGGCCAACAAAGCUGUGAACACUUUUCAUGGAUUCAUGUUUCAUGGUAAACCACUAUAUGUUGCUCUUGCUCAGAGGAAAGAGGACAGGCAAGCACAGUUGCAACUCCAGUAUGCUCAGAAAAUAGCAGGACUAGCUGGACCUUCAACUGCCAUUAUUCCUGGUGGAUAUCCUCCUUUCUACUAUACAGCUACUGGUGUUGUUCCUCAUGUGCCUCAUCGAGCUGGGCUUAUGUAUCAACCUCUGGCAGUGAGGCCAGGAUGGAGGGCUAAUGGGUUUGCACCUCCUUCUAGAUCAUUUCAACAAUCACCCAUUCCUGCUUCACAGGUUGCUAACAAUAAUAGGCAGCAUAGGCAAAACAGGGGCAGGACUAAUGGGCAUGCAGGAUCACAGGGAAAUACUCACUCUGUUAAUAUGCCACAAGCCCAACAGGCUUCUCAGCCUGUGGUCUCUUCAAGGGAGUCAAGUACUCAGCAGAGAACUGGACAGGCUAAGUACAAAGCUAGUGGACGCCAACAUGAGAUGGAAAAAGGAUCUGAAUUCUCAUCUAGUGGUUCAAACCCUAUCGGAGGGUCCCAGGGAUCUGAAGUGCUGCAUAGCAUGCUCGCUGCUGCUACUCCUGAGCAGCAGAAAGAGAUACUUGGCGAGCAUCUAUACAUGCUUGUCCAGAAGCUCAAGCCUAGCCAAGCUGCAAAGAUUACUGGGAUGCUUUUGGAGAUGGACAAUGCAGAACUGCUGCUUCUCCUGGAAUCACCAGAGUCUCUUUCUGCCAAGGUGGAAGAAGCUGUCCAAGUGCUUAAGAACUCCAAGAACAAAGUUUCUGGCCAGGAUAAAAUUCAUUCAAGUUUCCUUUCAGCUGAGGUUGCAGUGAACUGAAAACUUCAUCCUAGAGAGAUGGCUCUUGUUAGAAGCAUAGAUCAUGACUGGUUGAAGCCUCCAAUAACAACGCUAACUCAGAAAUUUGAUACAUGAGUUUUGAUAUCCAUAUUACCUUUGCAGUAUUUCUUAUACAGCAGUAUAUUUCCUUAAGAAAAACAACUUAUGUUUUCUCACCUUAGAGUUGAUAAGAAUUGGUAGUGAUGGUAACAUUCAUAGACAAGUUUGUUUGGGAUUUUGAUUACAUGGAUUAACUUCGAUGAAUUUGGUUCGAUAUUUGUCAUUUUUCAUUCAUAUGCUACAGUAGUACAGACAUGUACACAUGAAUAAAAUGCAAACAAACAUGAAAUAUUUUUAUUC